AUGGGGAUCCGGAGCUUGUUGCCUUCAUCAAUGGUGGUCGGAGCCAAGAAGAUCAUGAAGAGGAAAAACCACCACCACCAUUAUUAUCAGCAGCAGCAGCACUACUCUCAGCACAGCUUCCCCUUAGCAGCAAACGAUCACCACGCCGCCGCGGCGGUGCCGAAAGGCCACAUUGCGGUCUACUUGUCUGGUGACGAUGAUCAUCACCAAAUGAAGAGGUUCGUGGUGCCGAUUUCGUACCUGAACCAUCCGAUGUUCGGAGAGCUGCUCGACAUGGCGGAAGCAGAGUUCGGGUUCCAUCACUCCAUGGGAGCUCUGACUCUGCCUUGCGAUGAAGAUUCUUUCCUCCACCUCAUCUCUUCCCCUGCAUUUUGA